GUCGGGCUGGGCGGUGGUCAAGCGGACGGGACCCGGGUUUGAGCCUGGUGGAGGAGACGUGCGCCAGGCUACGGCUACCAUGUCGGCGCCGUCUGAGGAGGAGGAGUACGCUCGGCUGGUGAUGGAGGCGCAGCCAGAGUGGCUGCGCGCCGAGGUGAAGCGGCUGUCGCACGAGCUGGCUGAGACCACGCGCGAGAAGAUCCAGGCGGCCGAAUACGGGCUGGCGGUACUUGAGGAGAAACACCAGCUCAAGCUGCAGUUCGAGGAGCUCGAGGUGGACUAUGAGGCCAUCCGGGGCGAGAUGGAGCAGCUUAAGGAGGCAUUUGGACAGGUGCAUACGAACCACAGGAAGGUGGCUGCGGAUGGCGAGAGCCGGGAGGAGAGUCUGAUCCAGGAGUCGGCCUCCAAAGAGCAGUACUACAUGCGUAAGGUGUUGGAGCUGCAGACAGAGCUGAAGCAGCUGCGCAACGUGCUUACCAAUGCACAGUUGGAGAGUGAGCGUCUAGCCUCGGUGGCGCAGGAGCUGAAGGAGAUCAAUCAGAAUGUGGAGCUCCAGCGGGGCCGUCUUCGGGAUGACAUCAAGGAGUACAAGUUCCGGGAGGCCCGCCUGUUGCAGGACUACUCAGAGCUGGAGGAGGAGAACAUCAGCCUGCAGAAGCAGGUGUCUGUGCUCAGGCAGAACCAGGUGGAGUUUGAGGGCCUCAAGCAUGAGAUCAAGCGUCUGGAGGAAGAAACGGAGUACCUCAACAGCCAGCUGGAGGAUGCCAUCCGGCUCAAGGAGAUCUCAGAGAGGCAGCUGGAGGAGGCAUUGGAGACACUGAAGACGGAAAGGGAGCAGAAGAACAGCCUGCGCAAGGAGCUGUCACACUAUAUGAGCAUCAAUGACUCCCUCUAUACCAGUCAGCUUCAUGUUUCCCUGGAAGGCCUCAAGCUCAAUGAUGAUGCUGAGACCCUGGCCAAUGGCUUUGAGCACAGCUGUCUGGCCAAGCUGCCACUGGACAACAAGACCUCCACACCCACCAAGGACAGCCUGGCCCCGCCUUGCCCCAGCCUCGUGUCUGACCUCCUCAGUGAGCUUAAUCUCUCCGAGAUCCAGAAGCUGAAGCAGCAGCUGAUGCAGAUGGAGCGGGAGAAGGCAGGCCUGCUAGCAACACUGCAGGACGCACAGAAGCAGCUGGAGCAGGCUCGGGGGACCCUGUCAGAGCAGCGUGAGGAGGUGAACCGCCUCACGGAGAGCCUGAGUACUCUGCAGCGCCUGCAGGCUGGCAAGGAGCGGCGCACAGCCCUGGACAGUGAGAAGGAGCACGACAGCCAUGAGGAUGGUGACUACUAUGAGGUGGACAUCAAUGGGCCUGAGAUCCUGGCCUGCAAGUACCGUGUGGCUCUGGCAGAGGCUGGUGAGCUCCGGGAGCAGCUGAAGGCCCUACGCAGUGCACACGAAGCCAGCGAGGCUUGGCAUGCGGAGGAGAAGGGCCGACAUGAGGCCGAGAGCCAGGCGCUUACUGAGAAGGUGUCCCUGCUGGAGAAGGCCAGCUGCCAGGACCGUGAGCUGCUGGCCCGGCUGCAGACAGAACUGAAGAAGGUCAGUGAUGUUGCGGGUGAGACACAAGGCAGCCUGAGUGUGGCCCAGGAUGAGCUGGUGACCUUUAGCGAGGAGCUGGCCAGCCUCUACCACCACGUGUGCAUGUGUAACAAUGAGACACCCACCCGUGUUGUGCUGGACUACUACCGUGAAGGCCCAGCCGGCGCCGGCCACUGCAGCCCUGAAGCACGCGGGCACCGCUCACCAGUCUUGCACAAAGGACCAUUGGCUGCAGAGGCUGGGGCUGGGGAUAGCAGCCCCUCGCUACCCUCACCCCUGAGUGAUCCGCGCCGGGAACCUAUGAACAUCUACAACCUGAUUGCCAUCAUACGUGACCAGAUCAGGCACCUGCAGGCAGCUGUGGACCGCACCACGGAGCUGUCGCGGCAGCGCCUGGCCUCACAGGAGCUGGGUCCUGCCACAGAUAAGGACCGGGAGGCACUUAUGGAGGAGAUCCUCAAGCUCAAGUCUCUGCUCAGCACCAAGCGGGAGCAGAUCACCACACUGCGCACAGUGCUCAAAGCCAACAAGCAGACAGCUGAGGUGGCCCUUGCCAACCUGAAGAGCAAGUAUGAGAAUGAGAAAGCUAUGGUGACUGAGACCAUGAUGAAGCUACGCAAUGAGCUCAAGGCCCUCAAGGAGGAUGCAGCCACCUUUUCCUCGUUGCGUGCCAUGUUUGCCACCAGGUGUGACGAGUACAUCACGCAGUUGGAUGAGAUGCAGCGGCAGCUGGCAGCUGCUGAAGAUGAGAAGAAGACACUCAACUCACUGCUGCGCAUGGCCAUCCAGCAGAAGCUAGCACUGACCCAGCGGUUGGAGUUGCUUGAGCUGGACCAUGAGCAGACCCGACGGGGCCGUGCAAAGGCUACCCCCAAAGCCAAGCCCAGCACCCCUAGUCUGUAGAUUAGCUGCCGGGAGAACUCAGCCACCGGCCCUGUCACACUGCAACCCCUCCCCUCCCCUCCCGUGGGCCCACGCAGAGGAAGGAAGGGCAGCCUAAAAGUCCACUUAGAAACAUUUUUGGAUAUACCACUGCAAUUCUUUUCAAAAUAGCAUUCCUGAGUUUUUAAUGGCAGAGGAGUAAAGCUUUAAUGUUCAGAAAGCCAGCCGCCGCUGCUUGGAAAGGCCUUUGUACAAGUGCUUGAAGAACCUGCUGGGACAGCAGCCACCAGGCUCACUUAGGAACCCGCUAGAAUCGCUCACCACUGGGGUCCCCCUAUUACAGACACUCCUUUUUCAUUUGAUCAACCUGUGCACUUUUAAUAUUUUUGAUAUUAUAUUUGAUUCCUUAAUUCCUCACAUAGAGAUGGUCUCCAGUGCCGUGGUCUGUCUUGUUCUGUAGCACCACGUCUUAGCUCCUGACAUGCUGAUCUGACAUCAGCUUGUGGCAUCAGCUAGUGUGCAGCUCUAGAAUGUUUAGAUAAAGCCUUUGACCCGGCAAGGAGCUUGGCUAAAUAUCCAUGCUGUGGUUCAGCAGCCUUUUCGAUUAUACGGCAUUGUGGUUCACGUUUGAAAUUUAACAGUUUUUAAAUGCCAUGUUCAUUAAGAAAUCCAGGGUUUUCUGAUUCUGGGGUUUUUCAUAUUGUAUUAUUAUUCUUAGGAAUAGUUCGAUGUAACAAGAAGAAAACUUGACCUUUGUUCUGGUUAAACAGUUAUAGGCACUUGAAAACAAAAAAUAUAAAUUAUUGAAUGACUAGUAUUACCUACACAUACCAGAAUUUUCUGGGUUUUAAGAUGUUGUGAAGCAUGACUGAUUAACAGAAUUUUAUACAACUGUACCAGUGAAAUUCCAAAUUGGAAUUGUUUUGUUACUCUGGUUGUAGUGCCAAAUUGUGGUACACUUAGAAAAUUCUACAGUUGUCAAAUUCUAAGGUGUUCUAUUUCAACACCUUUUAGUAAUCAUUGCCAGUAGUGCCUUCAUCAGUUAAGGGAGGUGUCCCAGCAUAGUUAUUCUCUAAAAUGGACAGUGAAGAGCUAGUUGGGAAUGUUGAAGGCCAGUGUGGACCAAUAGGUGUGAAAAGGCAUACAUCUUCACACCUGAACCUGGGCAUCUUCGUUGAGGGAAAGAAAACAGCAAUUGUGUAAAAUUCUGUUAGUCAGUGAUUCUUUACUGUGCAGAUCCUUGGAAAUUCAGGGGCUGAGGAACGGAAGUGAACAUAAACCUUGAGUGUGCUUUUGGGAACCAAAUGGACUUUAUAGGACAAGCUAAGCAAGUGGUGUGAGUAACAUGCCAUGUUUGUGAAGAGCCACUGGGCAGCAGGGGAGAUGGUGCUGUCAGCCUCAUGCAGUGGGGUGAGGGCUAGACAUAGUAUUCUUUGCAAAUGUGAGAAAAAGAUGUUAUAUAUUCUCUUGCUUGGUGUAACUAAUCACUUAAUUUCAGGAAACAGAACUUGCUAAAGCUCCUUAGCAAACCAGGUCUGUCCAGUUCGAUGAGAUUGUGUGAAUGGGCAAAUUGGUACUCAAAGAGGAAGAACAAGUGUCCUCCCUCCUCCAAAAUAAAAGACAAAUUAUAAUUAGUUGAAGAGUUCUGUUUCCUGGAAUGAGCAUUUCUGAUUCCUAGUUGUAGGGACCCCUAUUUUUACUUUCUAUUACAGUGUUGAUUCAUAAGAAAUGUUACAUUUACAACUUCAUCUAUUUGGGGUAUUUAUUUGCAAUGAUGUCUGAGUACUGUAUUCCCCCCCGCCCCCAUGCAUUGUCAGAGUGUUGUCUUUAUUAAGAUCAUAUGCAUGUUUUCCUGCUAAGGAACCUUUACACAGACCCACACAAAUAAACAACAAUGGCUUCAGAUUCUGAGGAAACGAGGCAGAGGAUAGAUAAGGAAAUAGAAGGAGAAAUCAGUCAUGACUUAAGACACAGACAUGGCAUGAAAAGGCCUCAAAGCCACUGCAUAUAGCAACAGUGGGCCUGGGUGAACGGUCGUGUUGGUAGGACAAAUAAAUAAAUACAAAGAUAAAGCACAAAGCUUAUUCUCUCUGGCUGCUUUGAUCCCCUGCCCAAGAUGACUGGGUCUGGCAAUGCACUGUAAUGCCAGCACCUAGAACAACAGAACCAGCCUACUGGAAAUCUUGGUGGUGGGAGCUGGAGGCAACCUUCAGUACAAAUUGGUAGGGAGGGGAGGAGGAAGGGGUGCUUCCUGCAAUGAGCAUCAGGUGUCCUGAGUACCCAGCACUGUGGCAGUGAGAGCAUAUUGCCUUCACACCAUCCUGACCAGAAAGUAAAGAGAUUUGGAUAACAAAGGACCCUUUGCUGUCUAAACUCUUGCUCACUGAUUCCAGGAACAACCAGUUCCAGGCAACAAGUUACUUGUAAUCAAAAACCAUAUUCAUCUGCAGGAAUAUGUGCAAGGCAUGUUGACUCUGGUGAUUGCUUAUGGUUGGUAAGUAUAGGGGAUACACCCUGGCUGAGGGAACAGGAAGUCCCUGGGAUACUCUGCCGCUCCUUCUACUGAGCCUCAGUCAGGGCUGAGCAACUUCGCCCAAACCUCAGGGUGAAGGCCAUCUGAGGCCAGAGUCUCCUGCCCUGGCAUCUCCCCAGGACCCCUCCCUCUCACCUGGGAUUUCUCCUGGCCUUGUGGUUACUACUGGCCCCUUCCUCUAUGAUCCCCAUCCCUCUUUAGUAGCAGUGGCCUGAACCUAUCUUCAAUUUGAAACUUUUUUCAAAGAGACUGUUUUUCCUCACUCUGUAGCUAGAAAAAUCUUCCUUCCCUACUGGCCCAUAUUAUUCCACCAGAUCCCUGAAAGAGGUUUGAGACUAGAGCCUGCAGCAGAUCUGGAGGAACCUCCCCCCUCACCUCAAAGAGGAGCAGACAUUCGCAGUGGGCCAAAUAGGGGUAGGCCCCUUUCCAGAUGGGGAUACCAUCUGGCCCUUGGCUCCUACCACCUGUGUGGCACAUUGUGGCCCCAGCCCAGUCCCACAUUUUGGAGUGUGUGAUCUUCACAAACCCAGAUGGCAAGACCUUCCCCCCACCCUGCCCCCAGGCACUUGUGCUCUGGGUCCUUGCACAUGUGGCUUUUCAUUUCACAGGUGGAAUGGCAGCCUCCAAAGUGGGCAGUAUCUCAGGAGCCUGUGGGAGAGAGGGGGCAUUUGGUGCUGAAAAGACUAUUCAACCUUCCCCUCCAAUAGGGGACGUCUCUAUUUCCACCAUCUACUUUGUCUUCCUGUAGCAAUUUUCACCCCUACUUCCCAGAGCUCAAACCAACAGUGCCAGCUUGGAAACACACCUUCAGCUGAAUUGUCCCCUUUUGGUAGCUGACUGAUCCUGGCUGACAACCUCACUGUGCCUCAGUUUCUCCUCUGUAGGUUGGGGAAUGUAGUUCUUUGUUUAAAGGUUGUUGUGAAGCUUCACCAAGCCCUAGGUAUCCCGCAUGCCGCAAAUACUUAAUGGAUGGGUGUUGCUAUUACGGUUCUUGCUGCCACUGUCAUUAUUACUAAGAUCUAAGGUGCUAGGCCAUGGAGCUGCACUUUGGUCCCAUAGGGAGUGUGAUUUUUAAGUCAGCUUUUUGCCAAAACAGUUUGCAUUUAGGAAAGUGUGCAUCCUAACAUAUAGACCAGAUGGGCAUACAGGAAACAUCUGUGUGACCAAAAAGCCACAGAGUUCCUAGAAGUGCUUCUUGGGACACAUUAACGGAAUGCCUCUUUCUGCUGGCCCUGGUGAGGUGCUGGGAGAAGAGAUGUGCUAACGUUCUGACAUCACCUGGUAUGGGAUUUUGGUAGGAAUGGGCUGCCAUCAGGUUUACCUCUGUGCUCAACUUUCAGCUAUAUCCUAACAGCAGAGCUGUAAGGUCUACACCUUGUCAUUUUGUCAGGUUUCUUGUGGGUAAGGACACUGGCUCUUGUUAGUUCACUUUGGUUCAUUCAGGAUCCUACCUUUGUAAGACCAAGUCCCUAGGGUGAAGUCCUCCACCCUGUGGUGGGGCUCCUUCCCCUAAGCUGGAAAACACUUUAUUUACCCUAAAGUGUUUGUGAAGCGUAGCACACACACGUAAGGGGGAAAACAAUUGUCUGCUAGCUGGAUUCCUGCAAAAUUAACACACUGCAGCCACCAUCCAAAUGAAAAGCAAAUGAGGGCAGCCCCCUCAAAGUCCUCAUACUCUCUGCACCCAUUCUUCCUGCCAGGGAAAACUCCCUCAAUCUGUCAAUGUAGAUAACUUGUACCUAUUUCUGUACUUUAUAUAAAUGGAAGCAUAAAAUAGAGACCUAGAGCUUCAGUAGAUUUUACUUACCAAACCUCGUUGAUUGCUCACACCAUCAUUGAACUAUGCAUGUCUAGGUGACUCACUAGAUUCAAUGAUAUAAUAUAAAUUAGUUGAAUGUACAGGAAUGGAAAAAUAGAUUCCCCGCAAAGAGUAGUCAAAACAGGAAUGGUUACACUAAUAGAUAACAUGAAAGUUGUUAAGAGAGAUAAAGAAGAACGGAUAAUGAUAACAGGGUCAACUCCAUCUAGAAGGUCAAUUAUAAACACAUGCAUCAAGCAAUAGAGCCCAAAACUGCCAGAAUUGAAGGGAGAAAUAGCUGAAAUACAAUAGUUAAGAGACUUUAAUACCCCACCUUCAAUUACAGAGCAAGACAAACUAUAAAGAAAUAUAAUAAGUAGGACUCUAACCCAAGAUUUCCUGAACAGAACCGUAAGCCAAACUUAGUAACCAACAACAGAAAAAUACAUCUUAAGUGCAUAUAGAACGUUUUCCAGGGUAAAACGUAUUUUAAGCCAAGGACAAGUCUCAAUAAGUUA